AUGAUGCACUGUGCCGUCCUUCUUCCUAUUGUCUUCAUCAUCAUCUUCAUCAUCUUCAUCAUCAUCAUAAUCUUCAUCAUCAUCAUUAUCAUCAUUUUCAUCAUCAUCUUCAUCACCAUUAUCAUCAUCUUCAUCAUCAUCAUCGUCAUCAUCCUCUUCAUCAUCAUCAUCAUCAUCAUCAUCGUCAUCAUCAUCAUCAUCGUCGUCAUCAUCGUCAUCAUCGUCAUCAUCAUCAUCAUCGUCAUCUUCAUCAUCAUCGUCAUCAUCAUCAUCAUCGUCGUCAUCAUCGUCAUCUUCAUCAUCAUCGUCAUCAUCAUCGUCAUCAUCGUCAUCAUCGUCAUCAUCGUCAUCGUCAUCAUCGUCAUCAUCAUCAUCAUCGUCAUCAUCAUCGUCAUCAUCAUCAUCAUCAUCAUUAUUAUCUUCAUCAUCAUCGUCAUCAUCGUCAUCUUCAUCAUCAUCAUCAUCUUCAUCGGCAUCUUCAUCAUCAUCAUCAUCGUCAUCGUCAUCAUCAUCUUCAUCAUCGUCAUCUUCAUCAACAUCAUCGUCAUCUUCAUCAUCAUCAUUGUCAUCGUCAUCAUCUUCAUCAUCGUCAUCUUCAUCAACAUCAUCGUCAUCGUCAUCAUCGUCAUCAUCAUCAUCGUCAUCAUCUUCAUCAUCAUCGUCAUCAUCAUCAGUAUCUUCAUCAUCAUCGUCAUCAUCAUCAUCUUCAUCAUCAUCUUCAUCAUCAUCAUCAUCGUCAUCAUCCUCUUCAUCAUCAUCAUCUUCAUCAUCAUCAUCUUCAUCAUCGUCAUCAUCAUCAUCAACUUCAUCAUCAUCAUCAUCAUCAUCCUCUUCAUCUUCAUCUUCAUCACCAUUAUCGUCAUCAUCAUCUUCAUCAUCAUCAUCGUCAUCAUCAUCAUCAUCGUCAUCAUCCUCUUCAUCUUCAUCCUCAUCUUCAUCAUCAUCAUCAUCGUCAUCAUCAUCAUCUUCAUCUUCAUCAUCUUCAUCAUCGUCUCCAUCAUCGUCUUCAUCAUUGUCCCCAUCAUCAUCAUCAUCAUCGUCAUCAUCAUCAUCAUCAUCUUCAUCAUCGUCUUCAUCAUCGUGUUCAUCAUCAUCUUCAUCACCAUCAUCAUCAUCAUCGCGGCUCUGACUGUGCAGCCUCAGCACAAACAGAACCAUCCUAAGUUUGGAUCCGGGCUUCAGCUGCCGACAAACUCAAGGAUCAGCAGCAGAUGA